AUGCUGAAUUCGCUUUUAUUUUGAAAAGCCGUGACACGGCGGAAGUAAACAGUAAUCACGUUACAACCCGGAAGAAAUGCCUUUUCUCUGGUUAACAUUUGAAUAGAUGAGAAUGACCAAUUUAGCUUUUGGAGAAACGGUUAAACGCGAUGCUGCUCCUGUUGUGCAGCCUCUCAUAGUCGUUUUUGUGUCCUAAUCUCUUGGCCUGGAGGUGGAGGCGGUCGACUACGAGCAGCAACGCCCCGAUGAGAGCAGGCAGCCCGUCAGAAGGAGAAAAAUAUCCUCGGUGUGUUUACCAGGCGGUUCAGGGAGGCUGUUUCCCCGCAGUGUGUCGUUAGCUCACCGUGCGGCUGUGCGACUGGUUCUUCAGACGGAGAGGAAACAUGGCUGAGCUGCAUGUUGUGGAACCUACCGGUGCUGGCACCAUAGAGCAGCCCGAGCACCGCGACAUCCGGGGCUCGGUGCGCCUGGCGUCGCCCACCCUCAUUGUUCCGCCGCGGAGCAGCCAGCUCAGCCCGGGUGGGGUGUCAGGCUGUAGCGGCGGCGGCGGAAGGUCGGUGUUUGGGUUCCCGGUGAAGAGCAAUCCCAGCUCCCCGUCCGAGCCAGUGGACAAGCCGGGCUCCCGCUGGGUCCGGCUUAACGUCGGUGGUACCUACUUCAUUACCACCAAACAGACGCUGUGCAGGGACCCCAAAUCUUUCCUGUUCCGCCUGUGUCAGGAAGACCCGGACCUGGACUCUGACAAGGACGAGACAGGAGCAUAUCUAAUCGACAGAGACCCCACGUACUUUGGCCCUAUCCUGAAUUACCUUCGGCAUGGAAAACUGAUUAUGGAUAAGAAUCUGGCAGAAGAAGGCGUUCUGGAGGAAGCCGAGUUCUACAACAUUGCUUCCCUGGUGAGGCUGGUGAAAGAGAGGAUACGGGACAACGAGAACCGGACAUCUCAGGGCCCUGUGAAGCAUGUGUAUCGAGUACUACAGUGCCAAGAGGAGGAACUCACGCAGAUGGUCUCAACUAUGUCGGACGGUUGGAAGUUUGAGCAGCUUAUAAGCAUCGGCUCCUCAUAUAACUAUGGCAAUGAGGACCAGGCUGAAUUUCUGUGUGUAGUUUCCCGGGAACUCAACAACUCCACUAAUGGCAUCGUCAUUGAGCCCACCGAGAAGGCCAAGAUCCUUCAGGAGCGAGGCUCGCGGAUGUGAAGAGAUCCUGAGCUUAACAACAGUUUAUCAGCAACAACCACGUUGUUGUCGAACAUUUUCUUCACUUUUCAUAAACCCCCUUCCACCUUUUACUGUCAUCAUCAUGAUCAUCCGCCCCUUCCCUUCUCCUCUGGUGUGCCUUUCCACAGCGGGUGCUGUUGGCAUCCCCCACAAUCCUUCAGUGCUGCAACGUGACCCUGGCUUGUCGUCUCGUCUCUCCUUCUUCACUUUGGAAGAGAGACGACAGGUUCAGGGCUUUUCCUCGUUGCAGCUUUUUGUUGGACAGUGUGACAGGAGCGCAGGCUACGACGCUGAUAUUAGCCUCUUGUUGUUCUCAGUUGGACGGACAGAGCUACCAGGAAUCAUCGUCUCCAUCUCCACCUCGAUUCUGGAUCUCCAUCAUCGUUAUCAGACGGGAUAUUUCCUCUUGUCUUACACAUCUGGCUCUGUUGAUUUAGCAGAAAACCUCCUCAGGACUCUCAAAGGACAUAAAGGAAUGAAAACACUCCACUUACUGACCGAGAGAGCAUCGACUCCUCUGCAGGUGGAGCCCGAGACGGAGCAGUCGCAGGCGGAUGAUGCACGGACCGAUCACUCAUUAUGAGCUAACCUGGAGCGGCAUCUUUUCCGCGAACCAAGAAGUCUCCAGUGGCUCCUUUUGAUCUGUAAGAAAAGAACAUACAUGACUAAAAAACGGACUUACCUACACUAGUGUACAAUUUGUCAAGGCAUGUGAGGAAUCUAUAUAAAUCUAUAUAGGCUACAUGAUGAAAUUAUAUGAAAAAUUGAAUGCAAAUGGUGUAAUUAUUGAUUUCUGUAUCAUAGUUGUGAUAUAUUUACAUAUUCUGGUGGUUGAGUCUAUUUAAACAAUGGAGAAAAUAUCAGUUUUCCCACCCGCUUACACGGGUGUGAAUUUGUGUAUGCAGUGCCUCUCUGCUUUCUGUUCAUCCUGAAAUAUCACCAGUUUUUCAGCUGCACGUUUUCUGUAGUGUUCCUCAAAGAAAAAAGAAGAUAACACCGGUAAGUUUUCUCUUAAAUAUCCAACUUUAAACUAUUGCAUAUCUUAAAAUUGUAAUUAGGGAUAAGGAAAACUACUGUCAUUGUCAUUUGUCCAAGUAAAGCGUGGCGGAGGUUGGACUGUGGCCAGACUGUAUGCUGCCUCAAAACCCUGAAGCACCCCUCUCCUCUCGGGCCUCGUGCUAUUCUCUUUGCCAAUAUUCACUCACUUUGCAGCUGCCUCUUGUUGCCACACCAAAAUGACUGUGUUGUCUUACACUCUGCAGCACUUGUAGCAACCGUGGCGCAAGCUAAACUGUACCGCUCACCGCUUAAAGCCCUGAGAUACCUGAGUUUUAUACGCUGUGUAAACAACGCUGCCAGCCGGGAAGUGAGUUCAGUUUUCAUGAGCUCGAGAGCGAAGCCUUAGUAGUUUGGCUAAUGUGUGUUGUUCUUGUGCUUAACAUUAUGUUGAUAUGUUAUUGUGCUGUUUUUGACACUUUCAAAAACACUGCAACAACAUAGAAAUCUUCUGUACACAGGCUAGGAUGUGAGCUUGAUUUAUACUUCCACACUGUAACAGCUGCUUGGUGGUGAAUAAUAGAGUAUAUUACUUUUGCAAAGGUAAUGUAUAUAAUGGGGUUAUGGGGGUUACAGGGCUAAUCUAGGAGCAAGUAACCUGCCUGAAUAAUUCAGUGUCAGUUGCCUGCUUUUUUAAAUUUUUUUAGUAAACUAUUAGUGGCAUAGAAAGAAACCACACUAGCUGUGAAUGCUAACAACAGCUUAGCAAAAUUGUAAUGCAGAAGUAUAAGUCAAGCCUUAAUCUGUGCACAUGUGCAAGUGAAGUGGCUCGUACUAAAGCGAAAACGGUGAUUUGUCAGUUGACAGAAAAUAAACGGGGAUCUGUUUUGGCCAUUUUA